CGUGCCGUCACUGAGACCGAAGGGCUAGCGAGCUAGCGGUGUGUAGCCGGCAGAGCCACGCCGGCCGGCAGCGCGCUCGAAACCCCGCCGACCGGCCGCGCUGUCCGGUGAAAGCGCCGCUUUGUCCUUUGAAUAGUUGCCAUGGAAAUGUGCUGUUGUUUUGAUUCUCGCGUGGGGCUGGCGCGCGUUGGCUCCUUUAUGCACGUGGAUGGAGCGGCUCGCUCGGCCUACCUCGGCCGCACCGGCUCGUUUUGCCUGAUGACUUUAGCGCCGUUAGCUUCGGCAAAAGUACCGCUGCUCUGUGUAAUUAAAAAGUUAUCUAGGCCGUCUGGCUUUCCGGUCGCCCGUUAACGUGUAUGCUUGGUAAUUAUUUUUGUUUCGUCUGUACCACGGCGAUCCGAUUUACUGUGACAUCGCCAGAGAGAAACAGUCGUUGGAUUCAAAGACCGCGACCGUGACAGAGACCGGGACGACCGGCCGAAGGACAGGGACAGAGAUAGGGAUCGGGACCGAGACCGGGACCGAGAGAAAGACAGCAGGGUACCUGGCAACCCUCCAGUCACACCGGCGAUGGCGGGAUCAGGGGUCUUGCCAGCAAGGUCUUUGCCCGUUCACCAGCAGAUCAACCCGUUCACCAACCUGCCACAUACUCCUCGCUACUACGAGAUCCUGAAGAAGAGGCUACAGCUGCCAGUAUGGGAGUACAGGGAGCGAUUUACUGAAAUCCUAGCUUGCCACCAAUGCUUUGUGCUGGUGGGAGAGACUGGCUCUGGGAAGACUACCCAGAUUCCCCAGUGGUGUGUGGAUAUGGUGCGGGCACUGCCCGGGCCGAAGCGGGGCGUGGCCUGCACGCAGCCCCGCCGGGUGGCCGCCAUGAGCGUGGCCCAGCGCGUGGCCGACGAGAUGGACGUCAUGCUGGGCCAGGAGGUGGGCUACUCCAUCCGAUUCGAGGACUGCAGCAACGCCAAGACCUUACUGAAGUACAUGACUGACGGUAUGUUGCUUCGGGAAGCAAUGAACGAUCCUCUCUUGGAGCGCUACGGGGUCAUCAUCCUGGACGAGGCCCAUGAGCGCACACUGGCCACAGACAUCCUCAUGGGCGUUCUCAAGGAAGUUGUACGGCAGAGGGCAGACCUGAAAGUGAUCAUCAUGAGCGCCACGCUGGACGCGGGGAAGUUCCAGGUGUACUUUGACAACUGCCCCCUACUGACCAUCCCGGGACGUACACACCCCGUGGAGAUCUUCUACACACCCGAGCCGGAACGGGACUACCUGGAGGCCGCCAUCCGGACCGUCAUUCAGAUCCACAUGUGCGAGGAGGAGGAAGGGGACGUGCUGCUCUUCCUCACGGGCCAAGAGGAAAUCGACGAGGCCUGCAAGCGGAUCAAGCGGGAGGUAGACGACCUGGGGCCUGAGGUGGGGGACAUCAAAAUUAUCCCGCUGUACUCCACAUUGCCCCCCCAGCAGCAGCAGAGGAUCUUCGAGCCCCCUCCCCCGGUGAAGCCUAACGGGGCGAUAGGAAGGAAGGUCGUGGUGUCGACGAACAUCGCCGAGACAUCCCUGACGAUCGACGGUGUGGUCUUCGUAAUUGAUCCCGGAUUUGCCAAGCAAAAGGUGUAUAACCCACGCAUUAGAGUGGAAUCACUGCUGGUGACGGCAAUCAGCAAGGCCUCAGCGCAGCAGAGGGCGGGCCGAGCCGGCAGAACACGGCCAGGGAAGUGCUUCCGUCUGUAUACUGAGAAGGCCUACAAGACAGAGAUGCAGGACAACACAUACCCUGAGAUUCUGAGGUCUAACCUAGGUUCGGUCGUGCUGCAGCUGAAGAAACUGGGCAUCGACGACCUGGUGCACUUUGACUUUAUGGACCCACCAGCUCCCGAGACACUCAUGCGGGCCCUGGAGCUGCUGAACUACCUGGCCGCCCUGAACGACGACGGCGACCUCACGGAGCUGGGCUCCAUGAUGGCCGAGUUUCCUCUGGAUCCCCAGCUGGCCAAGAUGGUGAUCGCCAGCUGCGAGUUCAACUGCUCCAACGAGAUCCUCUCCAUCACCGCCAUGCUAUCAGUCCCGCAGUGUUUCGUUCGUCCCACGGAGGCUAAGAAGGCGGCUGACGAGUCCAAGAUGCGUUUCGCUCACAUAGACGGCGACCACCUGACACUGCUGAACGUCUAUCACGCCUUCAAACAGAAUCACGAGUCGGUGCAGUGGUGCUAUGACAACUUUGUGAACUACCGGUCGCUGAUGUCGGCAGACAGCGUGCGCCAGCAGCUCUCCCGCAUCAUGGACCGUUUCAACCUGCCGCGACGGAGCACCGAGUUCACCAGCCGCGACUACUACAUCAAUAUCCGGAGGGCCCUGGUCACCGGCUUCUUCAUGCAGGUGGCUCACCUGGAGCGCACAGGGCAUUACCUGACCGUGAAGGACAACCAGGUGGUGCAGCUCCACCCAUCUACCGUCCUGGACCACAAGCCAGAGUGGGUCCUGUACAACGAGUUCGUGCUCACCACCAAGAACUACAUCCGCACGUGUACAGACAUCAAGCCCGAGUGGCUGGUUAAAAUCGCCCCCCAGUACUACGAGAUGAGCAAUUUCCCGCAGUGCGAAGCGAAGAGGCAGCUGGAGCGCAUCGUGGCCAAGCUCCAGACCAAGGAGUACACCCAGUACUGAGGGGGGGGGGGGACACAAGUGGAGGCCCCCGCACAUCGUGGAUCAGUAAUAUCUCCAAUCGUUUGCCAUGCUUCUGUGAAACAGUCUCUUAGGGAUUUUUUUCUGCUGUUGUUUUUUCUUUACUCUUCAGAUUUAAUUAUUUUUUAUAAUGUUUGUGUUUUUUUUUUUUUUGCUUGAAAGCACUUGCAAACACUGUCAUCGAUGGCAUUCAUAGAAUGGGUUUUUGGAGGACAUUAGGCUAUAUCUGGUUAGGGCUUUCAGCAGGAGCACAGCUAUUGACCAUGUUAUGCAUGAUCAGUCUUGUGGAUGUUGACAUUCCUUUUAUAAAAUUGUGAACUCCUUAAAGAAAUGUACUUGCUCAGAAAGUCCUUGUUUAUUCAGUUCAGCUUUGACUUUAAUAAAGACUUAAUACAAGGCUUUGA